AUGGAGGUUGCAAACAAAUGGGUCAUCGAUUGCCUCGAGAAUCAUGAGCACUGUAGAUCACCGUCAACAAUCUCACAAAGCCAUGAACCUACGCUUUUACCCGCACGAGUGAUCAAGAUACUGGACGAUGAUAACCUCCGUCUAGUGUCUGGUGCCUCGCCCGAAAGAUAUACCAUCUUGAGCUACUGCUGGGGUGGAACACAGAAAUUCUCCUCCACCAUUGACACCAUCAAAUCGAGACGAGCAGGCUUCAAAACUUGUCAGCUUCCUCAGACUCUCCAGGAUGCGGUUAAAUUGACCAGGAGCCUUGGGCUUGAAUACCUGUGGAUUGAUGUCCUGUGCAUCAUUCAAGACUCUCCGAAUGACAAAGAGAUUGAGCUUCCCAAAAUGCCGUCAUACUAUCGGAACGCGUAUCUUACCAUUUGCGCUGGGGGUGGUUCUUGCGAGACAGGGUUUCUUGCGACCAAAAUCGCACGAUGUGAAGACCAUCCCAACACUGGCAUCCCCAAAGACCUGCUUAAUAUGCCAUACUUCGGACCCAACGGAGAGAUUGACGAUAUCUUUUUCCGUGAAGAGAGUCCAUAUUCCCUCUCCGACGAACCCGUCUCGAAAAGAGCAUGGACCUUUCAAGAACGAAUACUCUCGCCACGCGUUCUCACCUACGGCAGCCGGAUGAUGUGGCAAUGUACUACUACUCAGAAAUCAGAUGGUGGUGUCCAGGACUGGUCCUUCGACUCUCGAAGCGCCAGUGGCCGCGAGAUUAAACUUGGGCUCAGAGAAAUGCAAAGACAUCUGAGCCUGGAGGGCAAGAACAAUGUGACGCGACAAAUACCUGCCGAGAAUCACUCUUUGUGGUACAAAGCGGUCGAGGAGUUCUGUGAGCGCGAUAUGACCUACCCACAGGACAAAUUCCGCGCAAUCGCCGCACUCGCGAACGAAUUUGCAGUGGUGUUGAAAGAUGACUACGUUGCUGGGCUGUGGAAGGCCGAUUUCUUCCGCGGCUUGCUGUGGUCAACGUGGCCUAGCCUAGAUGUGCGAAAACCUGAUAAGUGGCGCGCUCCCUCAUGGUCGUGGGCCUCUGUCGAGAGCUCCGUCACGUACAGUCGUCUUCCUACAUUACAUGCGACCGAGCUGGCCAAAGUCAUCAGUAUCGAAGUCACUCCCAAAUCGAAGGUAUUCCCCUACGGAGAAAUCUCAGCGGCUGCGGUCGAAAUCGAGGGCCCGGUGUUUAGCUUCGACAUCGAGGUUAUGGCCGAUACAUUACGGAAGCAAUACCUCAUGCCUGAGCCGCAGGACUCCAUGGAGUGGCGGAAGCUGAUGAUGAGCCCUGCAAAGGGACACCUGGGAUCUAAUGACGACUGGACUCUGCAGGCCCAAAGCGUGUUUCUCCUCCUCCUUGUGGAGCCGGUAUCGCCCGACGAUGACGGCGUCGAUGGAGAGGGCGGCGGCGAGGACGACAUCUCUGCAAGGGUUGGUCUCCUGCAUGGCUUGGUCUUGACUCCGCUUGAGGACGGAACAUAUGAGAGGGUUUCGUCCUUCUCAAAGCUGAGGGUGAAGGGUUAUCUAAAUCUCUGCAACCAGGAGGAGACGGUGCGUAUUGUAUAG